AUGCAGAAUGCCACUUCUCACGAUUCUGUUUGGAACUCUGCCUCUUGCAGACAAAUGGACCAACAGCGCCCCGGGCCGGAGUGGACCAAGUUACUCUUUACGCUGACUUGUCCAUUUUUCUAUGCACAUGCACAUGCACAUGCGCAUUCACAUACAAACAUACUCCUACAGAUCCACAUGCACAUAAACGCGACGACACUCAUGGUACAGCAAUCACAACACGUCUUUGCCGCCAUGACAGUUGGUACCGUUGCCGCUAAAGUUCUCUGCGCUUAUAUUUUGCCUUGUUCGCGCCGUGUUUUUUGUACCAUUCGUGAGAGUUGGUCUUCCGGAUGA